AAAAUUUGUGUAAAGCAGAAAAUGUGUUUCGACUUUUGGAGACUUGAGAAGAGGUUUUGCUCUCUGUGUGUCAGUUUAAAUAAUUGUGCUAUGCAUGUCAUUUUAGUGUGUUAGCAAUUGGAAAAAAAAAACUGUAAAAAGACAGACAUUGUGUCCGUCCAAUCAGCGAUGAUUAUUGUCUACCUUUAACACAAACGUGUGAAAGAGUCUCUUUUGGCACACCUUUGAGACAGUCAGGUGUGAAGAGGCAAUGUGUGAAACACAAACAUGCUGCCCUUCCUGUCUUCAUCUAAUCCACAUUCAUUGACUUGUCAUCCUGAGCUCAGUCUAACCUGAGAGGAAGACGGAUCAGGGACGGGACCACGAGCAUUAUCUCUUUCUGAUCAGGUCAAUGCUUUUGUAUUUUCUCUCAGGUGGUGCAGGGAUGAUGCGUGCUGUGUGUGCGCGCGUGCUGCUCUGUUCCCUCCUGCUCAUCAUCCUGCCUCCUACAGCAGCGGACGGGAGCGAGGCGGUCGACAGGGGGGAGGCGAGGGAGAAACGAAGCCUGCCGUACUGGGGGCUCUGGUCGUCGGAUUUUCUGGGCUGGUUGGAGGAGCUGCGAGCGCGGGCGGCUGACGCGGGGGUGCAGGACCUGGCUCGCACUUUCUGGGCCCACUUUCCCAUCGCCAAUGAGCUGGGCUACGAUAGUCCAGAGCCUGACCCCCAAACGGAGGAGUGAGGAAGAGGAGACCAAAGGGUUAAGAUGUGACAUUUAAAAACCUGUAGGCAGGAUGAAGUCAACUGUAAGACCUGUAUAGAUUAUUAAUGCUUGAAUAUUCAAUACUAGUUCUGAAAGCAAAAGAUAAAUGUGACAUUUGAAUGCACAAAUUAAAAAGAUGGCAGAAAAUGUUGUACUAACAGGUAUUGUUUUGCUAUUUUUCCAACCCAUUAAACAACACCAAGAACUGCAGCCGGGACUAUUUUUUAACAACUCAUCUGUAAAAACAAUUUUA